UUUCUCUCUCCAUCUAUGUGAUGACAUGAAGAGGGACAAAAUAGAAGGAGAGAAAGAAUCCAUCUUUCCUUCUUCUUCUUUCUUGUAUAUUUUUAAAACACAUUCUCUACCCUUUCUCUUCCCGCCCAAGAUCCAGAAAAUUUACCUAACAUGAAGGGAAAGUUUUCUCUCCUCUUUCCCUUCCUCUUCUCUUUCACACUCCCUCUGCUUCUUCUUCUUCUUCUUCCUUCUCUUGCUGCUGCCCACAAUGAUACAGAAGCUCUUACUCUCUUCCGCCUCAACACCGACACCCACGGCAACCUUCUCACCAACUGGACUGGACCAAAUGCUUGUGCUUCCUCCCCUUCUUCUUGGGUUGGCGUCAAGUGCUCCACCACUGGCCGUGUUGUUUCCCUUUCUCUCCCUUCUUUCUCCCUCCGUGGACCCAUUACUUCCCUUUCUCUUCUUGAUCAGCUUCGCUUCAUCGACCUCCAUGAAAACCGCCUCAACGGCUCAGUUUUGCCGCUCACCAACUGCACCAAACUCAAGCUUGUUUAUCUUGCUGGCAAUGACUUCUCCGGUGAAAUCCCACAAGAGAUUUCCUCUCUCAAGCGGCUCCUCCGCUUGGACUUAUCGGACAACAACAUCCGCGGUGAGAUUCCCGAAGGAUUGUCCAACUUGACCAAGCUCUUAACUCUCCGUUUAGAAAACAAUGAACUUUCCGGCCAAAUCCCGGAUCUCUCCAAGUCACUUCCCUAUCUAAAAGAACUCAAUUUGUCCAACAACGAACUAUAUGGACGGUUACCAGAUAACCUGUCGAAGAAAUUCAGUGAACGGAGCUUUUUUGGCAAUGAAGGGUUAUGUGGGUCGAGCCCAUUACCAGCGUGUUCCUUCACAGGAACUGUACCGGCUGAUGCUUCAGCUCAAACGGUGCCAUCAAACCCGAGCUCAAUGCCCCAAACACCUCUCCUCAACAAAGACAAGCCUCAGACACAUAAAGGGCUAAGCCCUGGAGUUAUAGUGGCAAUUGUGAUUGCCAAUUGCGUGGCUCUCUUGGUGGUGGUUUCAUUUUUAGUUGCUUACUAUUGCGGUAGGGACAGAAGUGGAAGCUCUAAAGUGGGCAGUGAGAGCGGAAAAAGAAGGAAGAGUGGAAGCAGCUAUGGAAGCGAAAAGAGAGUGUAUGCAAAUGGGGGUGGAGAUAGCGAUGGGACUAAUGCCACUGAUAGAAGUAGGCUAGUUUUCUUUGAUAGGAGGCAGCAGUUUGAGCUGGAGGACUUGUUGCGUGCCUCGGCGGAGAUGCUUGGUAAAGGAAGCUUAGGAACGGUCUACAAGGCGGUGCUCGACGACGGAUGUACGGUGGCGGUUAAGAGGUUGAAGGACGCCAACCCUUGUGCUAGGAAGGAGUUUGAACAGUAUAUGGAUUUGAUUGGGAAGCUUAAGCAUCCAAAUAUUGUGAGAUUUAGAGCUUACUAUUAUGCCAAGGAAGAGAAACUUCUUGUUUAUGACUAUCUUCCCAAUGGGAGUCUGCAUUCACUUCUUCAUGGAAAUAGAGGUCCUGGGAGGAUUCCUUUGGAUUGGACUACGAGGAUCAGCUUGGUAUUAGGAGCUGCUCGAGGAUUGGCUAAGAUUCAUGAGGAGUACAGUGCAUCAAAAAUCCCCCAUGGAAAUGUGAAAUCUUCUAAUGUGCUUCUUGACAAGAAUGGUGUUGCUUGCAUUUCUGAUUUCGGGUUAUCUCUCCUUCUAAACCCAGUUCAUGCCAUAGCAAGAAUGGGAGGAUAUAAGGCACCAGAGCAAGCAGAAAUCAAAAGGCUCUCACAAAAGGCCGAUGCGUACAGUUUUGGAGUCUUGUUGUUGGAAGUUCUUACUGGAAGAGCUCCUUCACAGUACCCUUCACCGACACGUCCACGGAUCGAGGAAGAGGAACAGGAGGUGGAUCUUCCUAAGUGGGUGAGAUCAGUAGUCAAGGAAGAAUGGACGGCAGAAGUGUUUGAUCAAGAACUUCUGAGGUACAAAAACAUUGAAGAAGAACUUGUGUCAAUGCUUCAUGUGGGGUUGGCUUGUGUGGUUCCGCAGCCAGAGAAGAGGCCUACAAUGGCAGAAGUGGUGAAGAUGAUUGAGGACAUAAGGGUGGAGCAGUCACCACUUGGAGAGGACUACAAUGAAUCUCGAAAUUCGCUGUCGCCGUCCCUCGCCACCACCGAAGAUGGGUUGGCUGGGUAUUGAAGUUAGUGCUGAUUUGGUUGUUCUAUCCUUUUCUUCAUUUUCAUUAUCUCGUUGCUUUUCUUCGUAAGAUUUUUUAAGCCUUAAAUCCUUGCAUCUACCGUUGCAGGUGUGAAGAUCUGAUGAUCUAUUUAUAGAUCCUCUAGUCUUUGUGUAUUGUAGUUUGGUAUUUGAAUUAUUUAUUCAGUUCGUUCAGAGAAAAA